CUGCUGAUGUAAUCUUUUGUUAAGGAAGAAUACAUAACUGGGUAGUAGUUUAUUAUCUCCAUAGACUAUUUCUUAGUGUGCUGAGAUUUCCUCUGAAAAUCAACUUCUUCUCUAGCUCUUCAAGCCAUGGUCACAGAGGAUCAUGAAAUGCAUCAUGGAUGGCCUCUUGGGCUUGAGAUUAUGAGUUUAAGGCUUGGACUGGGGGAGAGCUUACCAGCUGAUGUUACAAGACACCAUGUACCUUCAACUAGUUUCACCUCAUUUUCAUCUUCAAACCUUGACACUGAGUCUACAGCAUCCUUUUUCCAAGACCACAGCAUGUCACUAGGCCGGCUAAUUGGGAUUCGAGCCAACGAUAGAGGGCGCUUGUACUACUCGAAUCCAACUAGAUUCGAUGAACAUGACAGGGUUUCUCUAAAAGCUAGUUCGCGAAAUUCUGAUGUCUCAAGAAGACAUCAAGUAGACAUGUCUAGACGGAUUUGCUUACCGCUGCUGCUUGGUGCUCUUGUAAAGAUAAGCAGGAGUAAGAACAAGUCUAAGAAGCCAAAGUUUGAAGGGAAACACUAAAAUCAGUUUGUGUAGAAAAUGAGUUGCUCAUUGUAACUGCUGCAAAGUUCACAGUUGAUAUGUUGAUAAUUGAGAGGAUUCUUGUCCUUGAGUUCUUACCCAAAUUGCUAUGUAUACCAUAUGCCUUACUC